AUGCCGUGGCAUCCCCAGUUGGCGCCCCUGCUGCUGGUGCUGGCGCUCUGCGCGAGUCCUGCGGUUGCCGUGGCGUCAGUGGCGAUACCGGCUGGGGAGCUGGGCUCACCAGACUACCAGAACAACAAGCGCAAGCUCUUCGAGCAGAACAGCACCCAGAGCACCCAGAGCAGCGAGGCGGCCACUUUUGAGGUGGCCAUCACAUGCGACCAGCCGGGGCCCACCACCCACUCGGCGCUGCCGCUGUGGACGGUGGACUUUGGGCGCGCGCUGGAGCAGCCCAACCCGCUGUCGCUGUUCCGCGUGUCGGGAGUGUACAGGGUGGACGUCGUGUACCAGCAGUCUGAGGGGCUGCUGUAUGUGCUGGGCUUUGUGGCCACGCGCGACGACGACGUCGAACUGUCCAUCACCAUCCCCGCCGGCGCCGCCAGCGACGACGCGGGCGCGCUCAAUGCCGAGGCCUCCGCCGCCAUCACCUACCAGCCGCCACCCAGCGGCGUGGGCAUGGGCCCCGUAGGCAGGCCCAACUUUGCCCAGACCUUUUACUACUCGGGCACCCUGCCCAUCAGCAACAUGCCACAGAACUACCGCGCCGUGAGCAACACGUUUGGGUGGACGUCGCUGACCACGGCCCCCGCGGUGGGCGGCGCCGCCUCCGCCCCAUCCCCAGACGCGCUCUCCCAGGCAGAAGACAACCUGUACAGCAAGCAGCGCUUCCCAUACCCGCCCGUCGUCGUGGUGCCGGUCAGCGGCGGCGACGACGACGGCGCCGCCAACGGCACCAGCAGCGCGAGUGGUGGAGGCGGCAGUGGCGAGGACGGCACGGCCGGCGGCGGCGGCAGCGGUGACGGGCUGCCCGAGCGCGCGGUACUGGUGCCCAUCAGCGCCAUUGAGGGGCAGCUGGGCGGCGCGGGCAACAUCUUCGACGGCCCGCUGCCCGCCGACGCCUCCAGCCAGCUGCCGGAUGCCCAGGCGACAGCAGGCGGCGACGGCGGCGACGACGGCACCUCCGCUCCCACCGACGGCGCCGCCGCUGCGGAUGGGUCCUCUGGCGGUGCAGGCGCUGGCUCCCAGCCCGGCAGCCAGGAGGCAGGCGACACCCAGCAGGACGGCGACGCGCUGCAGCAGUCCAGCGCAGAGGAGCAGGAGGGAGGCGCUGGGGAGACGGAGGGCGGUGUGGGUGGUGAUGGCAGCGGGCAGGGGGAGGCGCAGGAGGAGGGGCAGGAGGGGGGCGGCGGCCAGGGGCAGCAGCCCAACCCUUUUGACCCCGAGCAGGUGGAUGACCCGGCCUACCAGAACCCGCCGCCAGAGCCCGACCUGCCCCCUGCGCAGCAGCAGCAGCAGGUGGAGGAGCAACAGCGGGAGCAGGAGCAGGAGCAGCAGGGUCAGACGCCAACGCCAGAGGGCCAGACGCCCACACCAGAGGGGCAGGGCCAAACGCCGACGCCUGAUGGGAUGACGCCCACACCCGAUGGCCAGACGCCGACGCCAGAUGGGCAGACGCCGACGCCAGAUGGGCAGACGCCGACGCCAGAUUGGCAGACGCCGACGCCAGAUGGGCAGACGCCGACGCCAGAUGGGCAGACGCCGACGCCAGAUUGGCAGACGCCAGAUGGGCAGACGCUGACGCCAGAUGGGCAGCCGCCGACGCCCGAUGGGCAGACGCCGACGCCCGAUGGGCAGACGCCGACGCCAGAUGGGCAGACGCCGACGCCAGAGGGCGAGCCGCCCACACCAGAGGGGCAGACCCCGACGCCAGAGGGGCAGACGCCGACCCCCGAUGGCAGCGGCAGCCCCUCCCCGCCCCCUCCCGAAAAUGAUGGCAGCGCCAACCCCACCGCCCCCAGCCCGCCACCACCCAACAAUGAUGUCAGCAACCCUUCCGGCCCCAGCCCACCGCCUCCCACAAAACUCGGCGGCGUGAACCCCACCACCCCCAGCCCUCCUCCACCUGAUGGCGGCGACCAGCAUGCCGGCAGCGGCGUACUGGUGCCCGCGUCGUACGUUUGGUCUGAGACGCUGGUGCAGACGCUGCAGACGUUUGGCAUACUGCUCAGCGUGACCAAGAUGGUGCUGUUUGCGCUCAUCAUCAACUCUGUGGGGUCGGUGAACAGCGUGCCGCAGCUGGCGGCCGAGAUGGUGGCCAGCCUGUGCGACCUGGCCGUCUUUGUGUGCGGCAUCAUCCUCAUCGCCAAGCCCGCGUGGACUGCCGACCAGCGGCAGAACAUGGGCAUCGCCAUGCUGGUCAUACAGGCCGCCGGCUUCCUCAUCUUCAUCUCUGUGCGCCUGCUGCUGGCGAUGCGCACCCUGGUGCUGACCGCGCUGCCCCUGCUGGGGGGCAUGUUCCGCGGCAGGCGGCGGCGGUCGGGCGCCCCCAGCUGA